GAUUCACAAAUCUAUUGGUGAUUUACAAAGACUGUUGAUCUUAAAUCUAAGAAAUUGUACAAGUCUUAUGGAGCUUCCAGAAGAAAUGAGUAGAUUGAAUUCACUUCAAGAGCUGGUUUUAGGUGGUUGCUCAAAUCUUGACAGCCUGAAUAUGGAGUUAGAGCAUCAUCAGGGGCGCAACUUGCUUCAAAGUGAUGUAAUUGUUGCAAGUGCAUCGUACAUUACAUCUCUUCCAUUGAAGCUAUUCUUUCCCUCUAGGUUUUCAACGAGGAAAAUGUUGAGAUUUACCUUGUUUUCACUGCCACGCUUCUUGGAGAGUCUAGAUCUAAGUGGAACUCCAAUUCGUUAUCUUCCAGAAAGCAUCAGGAAUCUUGGUCCACUCAGACACCUAUAUUUAAGAAAUUGCAAGAUGCUUCAGGCACUUCCAGAGCUGCCAUCCCAUUUGUGGUUGUUAGAUGUGUCCUUCUGCAAUUCACUGCAAAGACUUGCAAAUCCAAACAAUUGGACUCAAGUAGAAGGUUGUGAUCACUUAGUCGAGUUCCAAGUUUGGAUGAAGCAAGAAUUAAUCCAAAAGUUUGACUCACACAUGUUCAGAAUACUGGAAACGGCUCGUGCUCAAAUACAGCCAUCGAGAUUUCAGAUAACAUUUUUUGAUGGCAUAUUCAACGUUGUCGUAUAUGUAUUCGAUGAAGAUGAGAUGUUAAGGAGGUUUGAUGAGGAGGAGGAAGAGGAUAAAUGGCUAAUUCAGAAUGAGUUUGCAGACAACUUUUCAUUCAAAAUAUCCUCACCUCCUCCUGCGCACCGGAUAUGUGGCUUUAAUCUGUUCACAAGGUUUAGUGUGACGUCAGCAUACCGUGGCUUUAGUUAUGUUUAUCUUGAAAUCAGAAACAAUACCAGUGGUGGAGGAUACAUGCAUUGUCAAGCCUUUGUCUACCAUAUGAGUUACGCGCGUGAUGUUCGUGAAAUCCAAUCGCUAUUGCACACGAAAUUAGGGGGCAAUGAUCCUACAUUUGAUAAUGGUGAUGACGUGAGUAUUUCAGUGCGUCCACAUGGUCCAGCUAUCCAAAUAAAGGCGAUUGGUGUCCAAUGGUUGCACGAAGAGGAAGGAAAUGAUGAUGAUAUCCAAUCAAAGGAUGAUGAUGCACACGUAACCAAAGUAGAAAUAGCUUCUCGUAUUUUUAGAAAUUAUUAUUGUGCUUUCCAUGGUAAAUACAGUCAUCGCAAUAUCGGUUGGUGGUAUUUUGCAAAGAAAGGUCUAGAAAUUGUAUUAUUUUAGGCUUCAUUAAUUAGAAAUAGUUUUUUCUUUUUUCUUUUUUCUUGAAAAGUUUAUCAUGAAAAUAGUUUUGUCUCUCUAGUAAUCUUCCUCCUUUCUUUCUCUAGAAUUUCAAACUUCUGCAAUAACAGUCCCAUAAGCUCUUUAUUAUCUGGGUAACCGCAUGGCAUUCUCUGGCUCUAGGGAGGGUUUUUUUUUUUAAAAAAAAAAGAACAAAAAACAAAAAAGAACAAGGAGGGGGAUCGAAGAGCAAGAACAGAGCAAACACAGAACAGGAAGGGAAGAGCGGCAGAAGGGACGAAGAUAAAAACAGAGAACAGGGACGAAGAUAAAAACAGAGACAGAGAACAGGGGGGGGGGGGGGGACGAAGGAGAAAACUAAAAAUUACAGGGGUUGAGAAGGAACGAAUGAUGAUAAACAGAACCAGGGAAGGCAAACGAGCCUAACACAGAGACGAAAACGAUAAAACACAGAGCCCAGCAAAAUAAUGAAAAUUAUCAAUGAGGACAUUACCAUCCCCAUUUGCUGUUCUCUCCAGCUGAUCAUCGUGCCCUUGUUGCUGCUCACCAUUUUCCAAGACUGUCAACUCCACAAACCCAUUUGCUGUUUUCUCUUAAACAACUAAAAAACGCUCGAGUUCUCUUCCAAUUUUCCGAUGAGCCAAGUCAACGGGAAACCUCACAUGCUCUUUUUACAACAGAAUCCUAUUACUAUCACACCAUGGAACCUCCAUUCUUAUAGAACCCCCACUCAAUAAACCACUUGCCAUCAGCACUUGUAAGACACCAAACAUUGUGCAGCUUCAAUGUCCCUCCACUCCACAGCAAUACUCAAUGGCUCAAAACGGAACACCAGUCGGUAGCCGACCCAGUAGCUGAUUCAAAGUCAUGAUCCUCCACGUGCCUUUUCCUUAUUGGUGGGUGGUGUUGAUGCUGGUUUUGGAUGCGAAAGGAUAGAGAUACGGCCAGAGCAGGCGCACAGCGAGAGUGGAUGAGUUGGAUUAUGCGGGUGUCUAAUGUCCCUUUUGGUAACCACUUAUAAUAUUGUCGUCCACGUUUCCUGCGA